CAAUAAUAUAUGCACAUACCUUCCGAUACAUUAGAAAUAUCUGACACCCAUUAUCACGGAAAACAACGAACAGAACACGUUUUAAGAUUCUUUAAAAGAAGGAAAGAAAGAAAAAGAAAGAGAGAGAGAAAAAAAAACAACUCCUGGCACCACUCUCCCGAAAACACGUGAUUUUACACUUGAAACAAUCCCACUCCUUUUACAGUGGCGAUGCAGUAUCCUAUUCACCUGGUGGGCUCCCCGCUGCUGAGUGCCCCGCUGCCCUUCCGCUGCUCUCGCCUGGAUAAUGCUUCUGCAACACCACUCAUCGGCUCAUCCUACUUCAAUGACCACUGCAUACCACUUCCCGAUGACCUUGGGAAAGAGGAAGCCAAAGUGGGCGCUUCUGUCAACAGCACCCUCCUGGAACCUCCUCCGAACACCGAACGCCAUCUAACGUUCAUGAAAUCGUGCCCAGUGAUAGAAUAUAAUACUUCGAUAUUUACAUCAACGGUUAUCUCAGAAUGGCACCUGGUGUGUGAGCAGACGCACUUGCAGCCGCUCUUCCAGAUGAUGUACAACAUUGGAGGGAUCUUCGGGAGCUUCGCAGGAGGACACGUUGGCGAUAAAUGGGGUCGGCGUCGGUCUCUGCAGAUUGGAAUCGUGUCUUACAUCUUGGUGGUCAUAGCCAUGGCUUUUACAUCCUCCUUCCCUUUCUUAUUAAUUCUGCGGAUACUGACCGGCGUGACUGGCCAGAGUAUGUUAAUACCUGCCUGGAGUCAAGCACUCGAGUCGACUCCCUCCCGCCACCGCAGUCUCGUCGGGAUGCUCCUCGGCCUCCCCUAUUCCCUGUUCGUCAUCGUGUUCUCGGGGGUCGGCUACCUUAUCCGCUCCUGGCGAUACCUCAUGCUCGUGUGCUGCGCGCCGUCCCUCGCGCUGCUACCGCUGUCCUUCAGCUUAAUGGAUGAGUCACCAAGGUGGCUGGUUCAGCAAGGAAGGCAAGACGAUGCCACGAAGGUGCUGAAGAGAGCAGUGAAACUGAACAAGGCCAGCCUCAAUUCGUCGCUUGAAUCCACUAUAGCAAAAAUAAACCAGGCCUCCGACCCCAAACCUGAAGGCGAGGCCGCGUUUUCGGUAAGAGAAUCCCUCCAGCAGGCCAUGGCGUACCUGCGCUCCCCCGUCAUGAGGACCAUCAUCCUCGUCACUCCCCUGCUGUGGUUCCUCCAGAGCUGCCUGUACCUCGCCGUCGCCAUCAACGCCAACAACUUCAACAGUUCGAAUCCUUUCCUGUACGUUUGCCUGAGUGGGGUGAUGGAUGGAUCGGCCAUCUUGCUCAUGACUCCUCUCACCACGUUCCUGGGUAGGCGCAUUAUCGUGGGCGUGGGACUCUUCGUGGGCGGCAUCUUCUUCCUGCUCGAUCUCGUCGUGUCUGUGGAAUACUUCUGGCUCAAGAUGACACUGGUCAUGAUCGGCUUCUUCCUCGUGGCCGGGUCGUUCCAGAUGAACUACGUCUACGGUCCCGAAUUGUUCCCGACCGAAGCCAGAUCGCGUGGCUUUGCGUUCGUCACCCUCAUGGGCGGCAUUGGGUUCAUGUGUUCUCCGGUCAUCACCUACAACUUGGCUAAACUUGCAUGGUGGGCAGCCCCAGUCACCUUCGGCUGCGCUGCCAUACUAGGGAGCUUCACUCUGCCCUUACUGCCCGAGACCAGGAACCAGCCCAUGCCCGACACACUGAAGGACGUAGAGUUAAAAUUAGCGAAGAGAAAGAGAAAAGAUGCAAACAUAGAAAAGGAGAUUAGUUCUUGUGAUGAUACCAAAGACAGUGUAGUGUGAUGUUUUUCUUUCGUAAUGUUUUGAUGAUUUGUUUACCGGUAAUUUUCAUUAUUGGUAGUUUAUACAGGAGUAAUGUUUUCAGAAUCGCUAGGAUGUAUACUGUUAAGAUCGUGAAUGUAUCAGCCAAUAGCUGUGCAAUCCAUGUAAAGAAAUUAAAUACACAGUCAUAUAGUAUUUUGGGAUAUUCCUAAUGAAGGACUAUAUUCAUAACCUGGUAUGUUCAAGUGACAUUUACAAAUUCACAUGCUUGAAAAGGAAAAUAA